GAGAGAGAGAGAAAAAAAGUGAGUUUCAAACUUACCAAUUGAAAACAAAGUGCCAAGAGAUCCAAACUAAUCUGCCUCCUCCAUUUUUGUUCAUCUAAAUGACAGAUAUGAAGUCUUUGCUUGUCCUGCUUUGCUUCUUGUUCUCUGCCUUCUUUGCCUCAAUGAGCCAUGCAAGAAGAUCUCCAUUGUUGUCCCCAUUGUUCUCUCCUCAACCUCAACCUGCACCACCCAUUACUGUUGUGGCAUCACCUCCUCUAGUGAUGAAUGUCAUUGUAGAAGACAAUCACCAUCAUAUGCAUAAAGAGUUGCUUUUAGCAAUCAUCCUGGCAUCAAUUGGAGUCAUCAUGACCAUUGUUUCAAUAUUUUGCGUCAUUGUUUUUUAUCGAAGAAAUCGAAGAAACUCUGGUUCAAAAACCACUCAAAGCUCAGAUGCUGGUGGAAGAUUUCCAUUGGGUCCGAUUUUUAGCAAAUUUAAUACUGUAAAGACAACACCAAGAAAAGGAUCCAUGGCCAUGGUUGAUUUUGCAUUGCUAGAAGCAGUGACAAAUAACUUCAGUGACAGUAAUGUCUUGGGGCAAGGUGGAUUUGGUUGUGUAUAUAAAGCUCAAUUCGAAGAAGGUGUUCUUGCCGCGGUUAAGAAGUUAGAUGGUGGUGGAUAUGAAUGUGUAAGAGAAUUCGAGAAUGAGCUAAAUUUGCUUGAAAGAAUUCGACAUGCAAACAUAAUUUCACUUGCGGGGUACUGUAUUCACGAAGAAACUCGAUUUCUUGUUUACGAAUUGAUGCAAAAUGGAUCUUUAGAGACAUUACUUCAUGGACCGACUCGUGGCUCGACUCUAACUUGGCACAUUCGCAUGAAGAUUGCUCUUGAUACAGCCAGAGGAUUGGAAUAUCUUCAUGAGCAUUGCGACCCGCCCAUAAUUCAUCGAGAUCUUAAAUCGUCUAACAUCCUUCUUGAUUCUGAUUUCAAUGCAAAGAUUGCUGAUUUUGGCCUUGCGGUCACAAGUGGAAAUCUAAGCAAAGGACAUGUUAAAAUCUCCGGCACUCUUGGCUAUGUAGCUCCUGAAUAUCUUUUAGAUGGUAAACUCAGUGAGAAAAGUGAUGUUUAUGCUUUUGGGGUUGUUUUGCUUGAGCUUCUAAUGGGAAGAAGACCGGUCGAAAAAUUGGGACCGUCUCAAUGCCAAACUCUAGUUACAUGGGCCAUGCCUCAGCUCACCGACAGAUCAAAGUUGCCGAACCUAAUUGAUCCUGCAAUCAGAAACACAAUGGAUCUGAAACACUUAUACCAAGUGGCCGCCGUUGCUGUCCUUUGCAUCCAACCGGAGCCAAGUUACCGGCCAUUGAUAACUGAUAUACUGCAUUCUCUGAUUCCAUUAGUCCCCAUUGAGCUCGGAGGAACACAUCGAGUCAUUGAUCCAUUGCCUCAAGCUUAGAGAUAAGACCAGGUUCUUUGUUUUCUUGAUCAUAUAUUGCUGAUAGAUUGCUUCUACCUUUUUACCUUCGUAUUCCAUCCCGGCAACAGAAUUAUUCUUUAUAAGAUCAGGAAAUGUUGAUGUAUAGAUGCCAUGUUUUUUUUUUUAACCAUUUUCAAAAAUUUCGGUUGUACAGUCAAGUUUCUUCAUUUUGAAGAAUGCAAAUAAGUUUAUUUAUGAAAA